AUGGCCAUGGCUUUAAGCAGCAUUUCUUCCAUUCUUUUUAGCGUUUUUGUAUUGCUAUUGUUAUCAAAGUCUGAAGCUUUUCUUUCUAGCCAUCUUAAGCGCAAAAUCUCUACUAUAAACAGAGGCGGGAGGUAUUUUGGUUUAGUUAUUCCCAACACCUUCGAAAUGAAUCCUCUUCUCCAGCCUCCUACUUUCUUGGCUAACGAUCAUCAUCCUUAUGUCGAUAUUUCUGGUCGAAGGUUUCACAUUGGGACAGUCGUGAACCGCAGCGUCAUUGUGGUCAUGACAGGACUAGGAAUGACCAAUGCAGGGAUAACCACACAGUUGCUGCUCACUUUGUUUCGUGUGAAAGGAGUUGUACAUUAUGGAAUUGCAAGAAAUGGAAAUUCUGACUACCACAUUGGAGAUGUAACUAUUCCACGCCAAUGGGCUCAUACUGGCCUUUGGAACUGGCAGAGAUAUGGACAAGGAGAGAAUGAUGAGCUUCCUCUGGAAGCCAAUGGAGACUAUACUCGUGAGGUUGGGUACCUUAAAUUUUCCAACUACAGCACUCCUACAGGAGGAUCUCAAAAUUUGCUGAAUAAUGUGUGGUACCAACCUGAUGAGUUCAUCCCUGUGCAUGGUACCCCAGAGCUUCGAGAGCAUGCAUUUUGGGUUAAUGUUUCUGAUUCCUAUUAUCAGCUUUCGCAGAAGAUUGAGAAUCUGGAGCUAGAAUCCUGCUUGAACACGAGCAGCUGCCUGUUUCACAAGCCAAAGGUUGUGAGAGUAGAGAGAGGUUGCAGUGCCAACGUUUACGUGGAUAAUGCUGCUUAUAGAAACUUUCUCCACCAUAAAUUCAAUGUCACCCCCAUCGAUAUGGAGAGUGCACGAGUGGCUCUGGUGUGCCUGAGCGAAAGCAAGCCAUUCAUAAUUAUCAGAGCACUGUCUGAUUUGGCAGGAGGAUCCAGUGAAGAAAAUGAAGCUGCUACCUUUACUGAUUUGGCAGCCAAAAAUGCGGUAAUAGUAGUCGCCACUUUGUUAAAGUUGUUGCCAUGA